AAUAUUCGAAUAUAAAUAAGUUAAUAUUAAUGGACACGUGUGUGCUUCUCCAUUUUUCUAAUUCUUUCUGACAUGAUGUGUUUCUUUUGAGCUCUGCUAUUCAUUGGCAUCUUCCCCUUCUCUUGCGCUGUUUCUUGUAAGGCUUCUUCAAUUCGUUUCUGCUGUAAAAGCAAUUCAUUUGAGAAACGAAUUAGAAGAUACACAGUAGUGGCACACAUAGGACCAGUUUCAAAGUUAAGAAUUGUUGUCACAAGUGAAAUGAAUUCAAUGGAGGAGUUAUCUCCGGCAGUUGCUGUUCCAUUUAGCAUAGACAAAAUGAUGUGCAAUAAGUCACCAGUAACAGCCCACAUGGAAAUUGCUGGCCUAAAGCGUAUGGCAGAUAAAGCAAACUUGAUCUCAAACCCCACAAGGAAGCCAAAUAUGCCCUUUGAGUCUGUUACUUGCAAAAAUGAAGGUUAUAGCAGCAAUAGUGCAAAGAGUGGAAUUAAUCAGGUGUUGGUAGCUGCAGAUUUGAGUGCCAGGGAAACAAUUAACGUGCGAUUUGAGGAUGAUGAGUUAAUAUUGUUAGGUGAUGACCAAUCACUUGAAAAUAUAUGUUCUCAAUCUAUGGCUAAUGAUACCAGCAGUAUCUGCUGCGAGGAACUUUUGGCUUUAAAUGCUAACUCAAUUAGGAAUUCAUUGGAUGUUGAAAUAAGUGAUGGUAAUUUUGAAAUGAUCCCAAAGUCCUAUCUGAGAGAACCAAAUGUUGAAUUAGAAUCUAUGGAUGGUAUUGUUUCAGUUGCGGCAGAUACUGAGGAUAAGAAUGGCUAUAGUUCUGAUCCGAAGUUAUGUACUGUACCUCCUGGGAUGCUAAAAGAAAAGAGGAUCAAUAUUAGUGUCUUUGAAUCGGAUAACAUACCGCUUUGGGGAUUUACAUCUGUUUGUGGAAGGAGACCUGAGAUGGAAGAUGCGUUUGCUGCUAUGCCACAAUAUUUGCAAAUUCCUGCUCAAAUGCUGAUGGAUGAUCAUGUCUUAAAUGGCAUGAACCAGAAAGCAGGUUGCUUCACUGCGCAUUUCUUUGGUGUCUAUGAUGGACAUGGUGGCUCUCAGGUUGCUAAUUAUUGCAGUGAGCGUAUUCAUUUGGCUUUGGCUGAUGAGAUAGAAAUUGCAAAAGUAGGCUUCUGUGGUGGAAGCACUAGUUGGCAGGAAAAAUGGAAGAAAGCCUUCUCGAACUGUUUUAUGAAAGUUGAUGCGGAGACUGCAGGAUCAAGGAAAGGCACUGCAGGAAGCAAUAUCAAUGACUGUGAGGCUCAUCCUGAAUCCAUUGCCCCUGAAACUGUUGGUUCUACUGCAGUUGUUGCCAUUGUUUGUCCAACUUGUGUUAUAGUUGCAAACUGUGGCGAUUCAAGAGCUGUCCUGUGUCGUGGAAAAGUGGCUAUGCCAUUGUCAGUUGACCACAAACCAGAUAGAGAAGAUGAAUAUGCACGGAUAGAGGCAGCAGGAGGCAAGAUCAUACAGUGGAACGGGUCACGUGUCUUUGGUGUUCUUGCAAUGUCAAGAUCCAUAGGUGAUAGAUAUUUGAAACCAUGGAUCAUCCCAGAUCCGGAAGUAAUGUUUGUUCCUCGAGCGAAAGAAGACGAGUGCCUUAUUAUUGCAAGCGACGGCUUGUGGGAUGUGAUGACGAAUCAAGAAGCAUGCGACAUGGCACGAAGAAGAAUCCUUCUUUGGCAUAAAAGAUACGGUGACACCUUGUCUGCAGAAAGGGGCGAGAGAGCUGAUCCUGCUGCUCAAGCUGCAGCAGAAUGCCUCUCGAGGUUUGCUCUUCAAAAGGGAAGCAAAGACAAUAUUACUGUUAUUGUCGUGGACCUGAAAUGUCACAGGAAAUUUAAGAGAAAAGCUUGAUAGACGGCUAAUAACUAGUAUGUUCGCCCACGGAUAUUAGUGAUAAGACAUUUAGAAGAAAAAGAAGAAUUAUAUAUAUAUAUAUAUAUAUGCAUCCUUUGUUUUCUUUAUAUUUGCAGCAACUCGGUUUAGCCCAUUAAUUUUUUAUUUGGGCUAAACAUUAUAUUCGAGGCAAGUCUAUAAUUUGUAUACGAAAACCUGCAAUGCAAUAUAGUUUUCUUCUUCUC